UCAAUUGGGCCGAAAAAUAAAGGCCCAAAUCCCCUUCCCUCCAAUAGAUACCCUAAAUUUCCCGUAUAAGAUCUCAAAAAACCCUAACAUCACUCAUCUCCCCCGCCCACAUUUACAGAGAGAGAGAGAGAGAGAGAGCAUUCAAUCGGCGAAGAUGAAGUACAACCCACGCGUCUCUUCCUCCCGACGCAAGAGCAGGAAGGCCCAUUUCACGGCGCCGUCAAGCGUCCGCCGCGUGUUGAUGAGCGCUCCUUUAUCCUCCGAGUUACGUACUAAGCACAACGUCAGAUCCAUGCCGGUGAGGAAAGACGACGAAGUUCAGGUUGUUCGUGGGACCUACAAAGGACGUGAGGGUAAAGUUGUCCAAGUUUACCGUAAGAAGUGGGUGAUUCACAUUGAGAGGAUUACUAGAGAGAAGGUUAACGGAUCUACUGUUAACGUUGGGAUUCAUCCAUCCAAGGUAGUUAUCUCCAAACUCAGGCUUGAUAAGGAUCGUAAGUCGCUUAUCGAUCGUAAGGCUAAGGGUCGUGCUGCUGCUGAUAAGGAUAAGGGUACAAAGUUCACUGCUGAAGAUAUCAUGCAGACUGUUGAUUAAGUUGGUCUUUUAUCUGUCGUAUUUCUUUUUUGUUAUAUUGCUCUUGGUACUUUGAAGCUUGUUGAAAGCUUGUUGAGACAGUUAACAGAGUAUUUCGCUGAAAUUCUGAAUUUUGUUUCAGUAUUUUUAAUAGUAUGCAAUUUUUGGUAUAA